AUGGAUCCCAGAACCACUUCCAUCCCUUACACCUGGACCAGGAUCAAAAUCACAUCUUCAGACCUCAGCUGCUUGGUGACAUCUGCUGGUUCCUCCUGGUCCUGCAGCCUCCCUGGACGGGUUCCUGAAGGUCAGUGUGUUUGCGGAGGGAACUUACCAAAAAAAAAAAGCACUGGCCCCGACACAGACCAUGACACCGGCCCCGACAAGGACCAUGACACAGGCCCCGACACAGACCAUGACACAGGCCCCGACACAGACCAUGACACAGGCCCCGACAAGGACCAUGACACAGGCCCCGACACAGACCAUGACACAGGCCCCGACACAGACCAUGACACAGGCCCCGACACAGACCAUGACACAGGCCCCGACACAGACCAUGACACAGGCCCCGACAAGGACCAUGACACAGGCCCCGACACAGACCAUGACACCGGCCCCGACACAGACCAUGACACAGGCCCCGACAAGGACCAUGACACAGGCCCCGACACAGACCAUGACACAGGCCCCGACAAGGACCAUGACACAGGCUCCGACACCGACCAUGACACAGGCCCCGACAAGGACCAUGACACAGGCCCCGACAAGGACCAUGACACAGACCCCGACAAGGACCAUGACACAGGCCCCGACAAGGACCAUGACACAGGCCCCGACACAGACCAUGACACAGGCCCCGACACAGACCAUGACACAGGCCCCGACAAGGACCAUGACACAGACCCCGACAAGGACCAUGACACAGGCCCCGACAAGGACCAUGACACAGGCCCCGACACAGACCAUGACACAGGCCCCGACAAGGACCAUGACACAGGCCCCGAAAAUACCCAUGACACAGGCCCCGACACGGACCACGACACGGGCCCCGACACAGGCCUCAGGGGUCGCCACACAUAUUGUUGCCAGAUUGUCAGUGAUCCCAGUUCUGAGGACUGGUUAUAA